CGCAACUAACCUAACCAACAACUAAGACCCUGCAGGCUGCCCGGAAACAAGACGUCGGCAUGCAGAACCUCAGAAACCCGAAAAUAACACUAACUAAGCCCAGCCCACCAAAGAAAAUAAACAGUGCUUGAGGAGGGGCGACCAAUUCAAUAAGAAGACAAAACAUGUGGAGCGGAUAAAAGGGAACGGACCGUGAAGACCGGGUAUUUCAAGUGAGAUCCUUAGAGCAAGAGCAGAACUUCUCGUACCUCGGCAUUAAACCGUUUAUCGUGCAGGACCAUGGAGAGGUCCAGACUAUGGACGAGCGUUGCUGUCUGCGCCGUGUUGCUGUCCGUCGCCAGCGCUGCUGAAACAAACGACUCGGAUCAGGAAUUAGAAGUUGAUACUAGAGCUUUAAUGGAUUUUUACCCAAAAAGUCCAAAUCUGACCAACGAAAAGCAGCUUCUCGGAGCUCUACAAGAAGUUCUGGAAAAACUACAGAGCCAACGCAUUUCACCGUGGGAAAAGAAAUUCGGACAAGUUCCCACGUGCCACGUGGGUGAGCAGUGCGCGGUGAGAAAGGGAUCGAGGAUCGGAAAGAUGUGCGACUGUCCACGGGGGGCGUUCUGCAAUUUUUUCUUGCUUAAGUGUUUGUGAGAAAGACUAAGCUGGAAUGCACUUUAAUUGUAUUUUAAAAAUAUAUAUAUUCAUCAUUGUUUAUAUCAAUAUUUUAGGUUACAUAAAAAACAUGGCUAUAGUGAUGCUGACGCGUUUGAUAUUGCAGCCGUCAGACGCCUAGCAGAAAAAAACUGUUAACAAAAAUAUACGUAUUAAAACUAUGUGAUACCUUGUUUUGUAAAACAGUCUGUGUCGUCACUGAAUUCAUCGGCGUGAACAAAAUUCAGAACAAGUUUUCCAAUAUAAUAUAUAAUAAACGGUAUACAGAGUAUUGGAUGAGGGUUGAAAUGGUGGGACUACUACUAAAAUACAUAUUUAUGAAAAAACACAAAUGUCCUACAAAAAUAGAAAUAAUGAGAGAAUAAAAUAUUUCGUUUAAUAUGACGAAACGGUUCGGUGAAUUUGACGCAGAGAAAUGAUUUUUUAAUCUGCCAGUUCAGAAGAACGGUCCUAGCCGACGUGCGCCAUAGGCGAACAUCACUGCAGGUGUUACACCAUGU